AUGGAGCGCAAUCUCGAAAAUGUGUCAGAAGACGGUUUGGCGGGAGCUUACGUCCUUUCGGCCAAUCAGCGUGACACAGCUGAGGAGUUAGAAGAACACCAACCGGAAGAUGGAACAUUCGCUGUCCCAUCCGGUUACGACAGUGGCGCAGCCGGUAGUUCCGCCGGUUCGUCGAAAAAGAAAAUUUCGAAGAAAAAGCUGCUUAAAGAAUUAAAGGAAGCUGUUGAAAAGAAUAAUUAUCUAGGGGAGCAGGUAACACGACUCUCCGCCGAGCAGAGUUUGGCUGACACUCUUCGGCAUGUUCGAUCAAGCACAACGCCGGAAGAAAUCCCCGAUUCGAGAAGCGAAGCGAUGCUCAUUUCAACGAUGAGCAACUGGACCCUGGGAACUUUGAACAUACCAGAGUGCACACCAGCGGAAGGAGAAUCGGAGAUCGAUAAACGGGCGUAUGAGUUCUGGAAAGAAACGCUUGUCGCUUCUCUGCAGCUGGUCAAUUCAGCAGACGAGAAAGCGAAGUUCGGUGUGUUCAAAAUCAAAGCAGGUGCCAAAUUGCGUGAAAUCUUCAGUACAACCGAUUCCACCACAGCGAUGCCCGACGAACACACAGCUCCUUUCUCAAACGCUUUGGCCCGGCUUGAUGACUAUUUCGGAUCGCGAAACUAUAUCCUGUCACAAAGAGGAAAAUUGAUGAAUUUGUGCCAACUGCCGUCAGAAUCCAGUGUCGAAUUUGUUCGUCGCGUUGCCUCGGCCGCCAAAUUGUGCAACUACGGAAAUGAUGAAGAAAUGGAAGCGGUUGUGAGAGUAGUUACCACGGGUGCAAGUGACAGCCGCAUCCGCAUCUUGGCACGUAGAAACUGGGUGAAACAGGGCAGCAUGAAGGGUCUAAUUGAUCAAGUACGAGAACAUGAGCAGGAACAGAGCUUCAAGCGCAAGGACUUUUUCGAUCAAAUUGGCGUGGUAAUUGGCGUGUUAGGGGAGCGGCACGAGGUAGUCGCGGCUCGAGACGUGGAGGAAGAGGUUUCAACCAAGGAAUGUCACGAAACGAGCGCGGUAGCAGCCAGCACGGCAGCGGCUGUUGGAGGUGCGGUAGUAUUUUUCAUCAAUCAUCCACGUGUCCAAACGCCAGCAAAGCAUGCCACACGUGUGGUCGAACGGGUCACAUCGCUCGAAUGUGUACGUCAGAGCGAAUGUCGGAAUUUUGGAACCGACCAUGGAAACGACCGGCUGAUUCGGAAGAUCGGAGCGUACCGAGGAAAAUUGCGGCCAUCGAAAACCCAAGGAUGGAUGAUGAGGUUGCUAACGAGGUACGAAAAGCCGAAGAAGAUCCAGAACUCAAGCUGUCUCAUUAAAGCCAAGGUGGCUGGCAUAGACAUCGAGUUCAUGAUUGACUCAGGUGCCCAGGUGAACACGGUAACGAAGUUAUCGUUCAGCAAAAUCGUAGCUGAUGAGUUAGCGUCAUCCAAAAUACUGGCUUUAAGCUCCAAUACUGAUCAACCAUUGAAAGGAUAUGGCUCUAACGACCCUAUUAAAGUCGUUGCUGUGUUUUCAGCAGAGUUGUUUGUCUCUGAAGACCGACCCGUAAUGGUUGAAAAGUUUUACGUUGUGGAUGAACUGAGAGCACUGCUGGGUUUCAACACAGCCGUAAGAUAUAGUGUGCUUGACAUCGGACUGACCGUGCCUGUGCGAUACCAACGCUUAUCAUUCAACCGAGGCAAUUCGAACAUUGCUCUAGUUGAAUCGGCAUCUCGACCUGCAGAGUUUCCUAAAUUCAAUGUGCCACCAAUCACGCUGAAAUACAACACGGAUAUGCCACCCUCUCGAAAUGUCUAUACCAAUAUCCCUAUAGCAUUUAAGGAACUAACCAAGCAGAAGCUUAGCGAUUUGUUGAUAUCGGGUAUAAUAGAGGAAGUCACCCCCGAUAUGGAUCGCUCGUUUUGCUCGUCCUUACUUGUAGUGCCCAAAGGCAGGGAUGAUAUACGCCUUGUAAUAGACCUCAGGGGCCCUAACCGAAGUAUUCAUAGGACCCCCUUCAAGAUGCCAACGUUCGAGACAAUUCUAAUGGAGCUCCACGGCGCGGAAUGGUUUUCAACCAUUGACCUGAAGAACGCGUUUUUUCAUAUAGAACUACACGAAAAUUCGCGCCAUCUUACCAAUUUUUUUGCUGGCGAUGGAAUAUACAGGUACAAGAGGCUGCCAUUUGGCCUCUGCAAUGCCCCUGAUAUAUUUCAGGAGGUAUUACAGACAGUCGUGCUCGCCGGGUGUGAAGGAGUAGUUAACUACUUAGAUGACAUGAUGAUCUUCGGCAAAACCAAGGAGGAACACGACCGGAACCUUGCUAAGGUAAUGGAAUGUUUGAAAAACCACAACGUGAUGAUCAACGAAGAAAAGUGUAAAUUCGGGCAAAAAUCUGUGGAUUUCUUAGGAUUUCUUGUAUCCUCCGAUGGGUGGAAAUUGGCAGAUGACAAGAUUGCGGCACUCAAGAACUUCAGAAGCCCCGCAACCAUCGCAGAAGUAAAAAGUUUUUUGGGUCUGAUUAAUUUCAUUGAGAGAUUCAUUCCUCAUCGGGCUCAACGGACAUGGAGAUUGCGAGAACUGGCAAAGGGUGACCAUUUCUAUUGGGACAACGAUUUGGAGAAAGAAUUCGAAUUUUUGAAAAACGAUGCGUGGAAAACCGUUACCUCACUUGGAUACUAUAGCAGAUUUGACGAAACAGAACUAUACGUCGAUGCGUCCCCCUUUGGCUUAGGCGCAGUUUUAGUUCAAUUCGACAAAGACCAUCAACCGCGAGUAAUAGCCUGUGCAUCGAAGACGUUAACUCCCGUGGAACAAAAGUACCCCCAGACGCAGAAAGAAGCGUUGGCGAUGGUCUGGGGGGUUGAGAAAUUCUCAAUGUACCUUAUGAGCAUAUCUUUCACCAUAAGGACCGAUGCUGAGGCUAACGAAUUUAUUUUUGGUGGCCUGCACCGAAUCGGCAGGCGCGCUGUAACCAGAGCUGAGGCCUGGGCAUUAAAGUUGCAACCGUACAGUUUUACCGUAAGAAGAAUUCCAGGAAACAUGAACAUUGCGGAUGCUCUCUCAAGACUGGUGGUGCAGAAUCCUCCGGAUAAGUCUUUUGACGACGAAACAGAUGAUAAACACUUGCUGUAUUUCCUGGAUACGGGUGCGAUGGAACUAACAUGGGACGAAAUCGCAUCAUCUUCAGAACAGGAUAAGGAGCUUUGCAGCGUCAAGGCGGCCAUUGAAACCGGUCAGUGGGAAAGUGGACUUCGACGCAUUGCGGAAUACAGCCAUACGCUCAGCCCACCAAGGCCACAUGGGAGUAUCAUCAACUAA